AUGUUCGGAAAAAGUGCAUUUGGAAGUACUGGAGGCUUUGGACAACAACAACAAAAUACUUCAGUAUUUGGUCAACAACAACCACAACAACAAAGUGCAUUUGGAGGAUUUGGAGCAACGACAACAACUCCUAGCGCCUUCGGUGCUACACCAACUACUAAUGCAUUUGGUCAACCUGCUCAACAAUCUGCUUUUGGAGCAGCUCCAGCUGCAGGUGGCUUUGGGGCAACUGGUUCAGCAUUUGGUCAAGCAAGACCUUCAGCUUUUGGAAGUACCUCAACAUCUGCGUUUGGUUCUGCUCAACCUACUACUUCCACAGCUUUUGGAGGCUUUGGAUCAACUCCAUCAACUACACCAGCAUUUGGAAAUACAACUCAAAAUACAGGUGGUUUAUUUGGUCAGCGCCCUGCUACAAAUGCUUUUGGUAGUACCACCACUACCGGCGCCUUUGGUCAACCUCAACAACAAACAUCAGCAUUCGGUAUGGGAAAUACUACAUCAGCAUUUGGACAACCUGCUGGAGGAGUCAAUCAGGGAACAGCUGUAGCUGAUUUUUCUCCAACUCAAGAUCGUGACAUUACAACGGGUGUUAAUAAUUUCUUCCAAACCAUUACUGCCAUGCCUCAAUACAAGAACUUUUCUCUUGAAGAACUUCGUUUACAAGAUUACCAACAAGGUAGAAAGAAUGCUGGUGCUGCAGCUGGUGGUGGUUUUGGAUCUACUACAACCUCAACUUUUGGUCAACCUGCUACAACUUCCGCCUUUGGUCAACCUGCUACAGGUGCUUUUGGUCAACAAACAUCUGCUUUUGGUCAACCUGCUGCUACUGGUUUUGGUUCUACUAAUACAUCGGGUGGACUCUUUGGUCAACAACAAAAUACCACUACAUCUGCAUUUGGUCAACCUGCUGCCACCGGCUUUGGCUCCACUACAACUUCUGCAUUUGGUCAACCUGCUAACCAGACAAGUGCUUUUGGUACUAAUAAUACUACAGGUGGUGCUUUUGGAUCUACCGCAGCAAAACCUUUCUCAUUUGGUAGUACACCAUCUACAGGUGCCUUUGGUCAGACUACAACUUCUGCAUUUGGUCAACCAGCUACAUCCACCACAAGUGCCUUUGGUCAACCUGCGACACAAACAACUGGUUUUGGUGCUUUUGGUCAAAAGCCAGCUACAACAACUACAGGAUUUGGUGGUUUUGGUAAUACAGGCACAACUACAACUGGUUUUGGUGCCACUACAGGCGGUUUUGGAGCUGCUGCUAGUAAGCCAGCCAGCACUUUUUCUUUUGGUGCCACUGCUCCUACAACUGGAACGACAACGGGUGGUUUUGGUGGUUUUGGUGCAACAAGCCAGCCUGCUACUACUGGAUUUGGUCAGACAAGCACAGCGGGUACUGGUCUUUUUGGAGCUGCUAAACCUACUGCCCCUACUACAUCCCUCUUUGGUAACACUUCAGGCACCACAACUGGUUUUGGUGGUUUUGGUACUAACACAACAGGUACUACAGGAGGAUUGUUUGGACAAAAGCCUGCUACAGGUGGAUUAGGAGGAGGAUUAUUUGGCAACAAUACCUCUACUACAACUGGAUUUGGAGGAUUUGGUCAGCAACAACAAACUGGAAACACCUUCAAUUUACCUGCUCAAGGUGGAUUAACUUCAUUUGGUACUAAUCCUCUUCAAGCAGGUGCUCAACAACAACAACCUUUAGUUGCCACUGUCGAUAAGAACCCUUAUGGUAACAACCCCUUGUUUGAUUUGAGUAAAGUUUCAAACACUUCAGUAAAAUCAGGAGGCCCAUCUGCUGUUGCUGUUGAUAGUACAGGUCGUAAAACAACCCAUCCUCAUUACCCUAUUUCACCUCGUGUUGUAUCUAAAAUCAAGCUUCGUGGUUUCUCAUUUACUCCUGUCAAGGCUACGACCAAAAAGGUGGUUACAUCUUCUUUGGAAGGUAUCAGUGAUGAUGCAGUUCUUAGCUCUGGAGCCUUUGCUCCUCGUGCCAACAAUAAAAAGUUAAUCUUUGAUGAUAACAUUGAUGCAGCUAAUAUUGUAGCACUUGUUAAUAAGAAGAAAUCCGAUAAAAAGAAGGUUACAUUUGUUCCUGAAUUAGAAUCUGUUGCAGCUAAAGAAAAUGCUAAUACAACUACUACAAUGACAACCUCUGUUACUACUACAACCACUACUACCGUCUCUGAUGUUACUACGAAAGAUUUACAAAAUGAGUCUGUUGCAACAUCCGCUGCCACCACUACCACUGCUAGCGCUACCACUACUGCUGCUAGCACAACUCCUGCAUCUACAGUUGCCAUGAAGAAUGGUUAUUACAUGUCACCUAGUCUUGAAACUCUCAUCAGUAUGCCAAAAGAAGGAUUAAAACAAGUCCAUAAUUUUAUUGUAGGACGUAAAGGAUAUGGUAAAGUUGAAUAUAUGGAACCUGUUGAUUUAUCAGAGGUUGUUCUUGAAGACAUUAUGGGAAAUAUUGUGGUUAUUGAAGAUAGGAAGGUUCUUGUCUAUCCUGAUCUUGACAGUAAACCUCCUACAGGUCAACAACUCAAUACAACUGCUAUCGUCACACUUGAAAAUUGUUUUACCAAGGAUCGAAAUACGGGUGCACCCAUUAAAGAUCCUGAACAUCCACGAUUCAAGCUCUUUAAGGAAAAGCUUCGUAAACAACCCGAUGUUGAAUUUAUGGAUUAUGACGAAGUUACAGGUGAAUGGAGUUUCAAAGCAUAUCACUUUUAA